AAAGGGCUGGUAUAAUUGGAGUUGGUGUGCCUAAUAAUGCUUCAAUAAGUGUGGACUUUUUUUCUUCUUCAAAUUCACUUUUGAAAUGAGUUCCAUCUUGUCAAACGUCCUUCUUGCUCCGGAAGAUCCUGUUCUCAGUGUUAUUUUUGCUUGUAGAGAUGAUCCUUGUCCGAUUAAGUUGAAUUUGAGUGCCGGUGCCUAUCGAAACGAGGAGGGAAAACCUCUUGUUCUUGAGGUGGUGAGAAGAGCAGAGCAACAGUUAGCAAAUGACAUGUCUUGUGACAAGGGAUAUCUCCCAAUCGAUGGACUUGCUGAUUUUAACAAAUUGGGCGCCAAGCUAAUCUUAGGUGAUGAUAGUCAUGCACUCAAAGAGAAUAGAGUUGUUACAUUCCAGUGUUUGUCUGGUACUGGUUCUUUGAGAGUCGGAGCUGAGUUUCUAGCAAAACACCACCAACAAAGUGUCAUUUACGUUCCAAACCCAACUUGGGGGAACCAUCCCUCUAUCUUCACAUUGGCGGGUUUGUCUGUAGAGUAUUUCCGUUACUAUGAUCCACAAACCAGAGGACUCGACUUUGAAGGCAUGCUCGAGGAUCUUGGUGCUGCACCAUCUGGAGCUAUAGUGGUAUUGCAAGCUUGUGCACAUAACCCCACAGGAACUGACCCAACACUGGAACAAUGGGAACAGAUUCGACAAAUCGUGAGAUCUAAAGGCUUACUACCUUUCUUUGAUAAUGCAUAUCAGGGUUUUGCUAGUGGUAGCCUUGACUCAGAUGCACAAUCGGUUCGUAUGUUUGUUGCUGAUGGAGGUGAAUGUUUGAUAGCUCAAAGUUUUGCCAAAAACAUGGGUCUUUAUGGAGAGCGUAUUGGUGCUCUUACCAUUGUAUGCACCUCAGAGGACGUGGCUAGGAAAGUUCACGGCCAACUAUUACUUGUUGUUAGGCCUAUGUAUCUUACCCCACCAAUUCAUGGAGCAUCCAUUGUUACCACAAUUCUUAAAAACAGUGAUAUGUACAAGGACUGGACCAUCGAGCUGAAAGGCAUGGCUGACCGCAUCAUUAGCAUGCGCCAACAGUUAUAUGAAGCUAUACAAGCUAGAGGCACACCUGGUGAUUGGAGUCACAUUAUCAAACAGAUUGGGAUGUUUUCUUUUACAGGAUUAAAUGAGAAGCAAGUUCGCUGGAUGGCCAAAGAAUAUCACAUUUACAUGACUUAUGAUGGGAGGAUAAGCAUGGCAGGUCUAAGUUCAAAGACAGUGCCUCAACUUGCUGAUGCUAUACAUGCUGCAAUCACCUGCAUUCCAUAGUCUAGCGAUUAUGGUCUUUGUCGUUUCAUGAAUACUCUGAAAAAAAAAAGAGAUUUCUUUUCUUUGGGCAAAACAGAUUUCUUGGUUAAAAUUUCAUAAGCGAAAAACAAAGAACGCA